GUCAAUCGGCGCGCGAGCACCGCUCCCUGCUUCCAUCGAGGGAUUGACAAAUUGAAUUGAUGGCAGUGACGUCACAACUAACACUCAACAUGAAAUUAUCGGAAUGUACUAAUGCACACCUACAUACAUACAAACUGGCAACGUUAAUAAUCGUAACAACUGUUGUUAUCAUACCAGACUUUUUAAUUAAUCGCGACCCCAUUCUGCUAAUUAAAUACGUGAGUUAAAUUAAUUUUAACGUUUUGAUCGAGGCAGUAUCAUUUUAUCCCGUGUAUGCUUAUUUUAUCUUAGCAUCAUGCGAAGUGCUCGUGUGACUACGCACUGAAGUUACCACUUCAUUAACCGCGCAAUUAGUUAGCAGUGUCAUUAAAAAGUAACAUUAUUUCACAUAGGCCCAUGUUGCUAAACGGAAGAUAAACAGUUUACGAAAUAAUACUGUAGAGACAAAUUGGAAACUCCAGCCAUGACUUGCAUUUUCCUCAAGUCAGUUUCUAUUAUUAACAAGCACACUCUAAGUGGUGUCAUCACACUUGCAACAAAAGACCGAUACAUAAUUCCACAUACUCAUUUUACUUAAGUAUUUCUUCAACUUAAUUUGGCAUACCUAUAUAGCUAUUAGGACCAUAAGAUGCUAAUUAAUGAAAUAAAUAAAAAUGUGAUUAAAACAAGGAUUAGCAUUACGAAGACAGCAGAAAAUUCUUGUAUGAAGCUUCUUAUGUGUCAUUCAUUUAUGCGAAAAUCUGCCAAUCUCAAAAAAAUAUCAACCCCCGACUUGAGUGAGAGGACUGUAACAUCAAUGGAGGUUUGUAUUGUAUAUUAUUUGUACGCAUGCGUGUGUACUGCGUCAACUCGGCGGAUGGCGUAGAUUACGGCAUCGCUGACGCUGAAAUCGUAAUAUGGUAGCCCCCACUGCUUCCUCUGUAGUGCAGAACUUAGGGGCUGAAGCCAAAGCCAUUGACAAUUCGUUCGCGAUGAGUAACGCGCGGUGCUACGCGGUCAUGCCGGGCCCCAGGCCCUUGCCAAUAUUCGGCAAUAGUUGGCGCUUUGCUAUAGGCAAGAAUCCUUGGAAAACUCGCGCUUUGGACAUUUCUCUCUGGUUCUUAAGAGCCUUAGCAGGCGCCGGGGGAGCGGCUAAAGUGUCAAAACUGUUUGGACAUCCCGAUCUGGUAUUUCCGUUCUGUGCUGAGGAAACAGCAAAGAUUUACAGACGUGAAGACUCAAUGCCGCACAGAGCAAAAGCACCGUGCCUCAGCCAUUAUAAGCAUGACUUGAGAAAGGAUUUCUUUGGAAAUGAACCCGGUCUUAUUGGAGUACAUGGCGAGCCGUGGUCUAGAUUUAGAUCUAAAGUAUCCAAAGCAUUGAUAGCGCCGGAGGCAGCAAGGGCUGCGGUUCCAGAUUUAGAAUAUGUGACCGACGAUUUCGUACACAGAAUGGAAUGCAUUCUCGACGAUAAUCGUGAGCUGCCGAAAGAUUUUCUCACGGAACUCUACAAAUGGGCCCUUGAGUCUGUGGGUGCUUGGGCACUGGGGACAAGAUUGGGAUGCCUACAAGAUAACGAUGCGGACGCGAAACAAAUCAUUAAAUGUAUUCACGGCUUCUUCCAUAGUGUUCCUGUGUUGGAACUGUCAGCACCAUUAUGGCGAAUAUAUUCUACACCGGAAUACAAAACAUACGUCGAAGCUCUAGACACUUUUACAUCACUCUGUUUGAAAAGAUUGACUGAUAAAGGCAUAUGUUCGCAAAUAGCGAAAGCUUCUGGUGAAAAGGUGGCUACUAUAUUAGCUUUGGAUCUUCUAUUGGUCGGUGUAGACACCACAGCGGCUGCUGCAGCGAGUACUAUUUAUUUACUGGCCAAUAACGAAAGAGCACAGAAAAAAUUACAGACUGAACUGGACAAAAAUCUGCCAAAAGAUAGAGGAAUGACUAGCAAGGACUUGGAUAAGUUGCAAUAUCUCAAAGCUUGUAUCAAAGAAUCGCUAAGAAUGAAACCCGUCAUUUUGGGAAAUGGAAGAUGCAUACAAUCUGAUGCCGUGAUAUCUGGAUACGAAGUUCCCAAAGGGUCUCACAUAGUAUUCCCGCAUUACAUCCUAUCGAACGAGGAUAGAUACUUCCCAUCACCAAAGGAUUACGUUCCCGAAAGAUGGCUAAGAGACAAUGAGAUUUCGAAUACGGAGGAUAUGAAAGAAGGAUCGAUAGGUGAUGCUAAAGCUUCGUGUCCCUAUACCCGAGCUAUGGAAGUAUGUCGCAAGCAAAAGGAAGUAGGGAUACACCCAUUCGCAUCGCUUCCUUUCGGCUUUGGGCGUCGUAUGUGUAUCGGGAAGAGAUUUGCUGAAGCUGAACUGCAACUUUUAUUAGCCAAGGUAUUCCACAAAUACAACGUAUCAUGGCGUUUCGGGGAGCUAACCUACAGCGUGACGCCGACAUACGUACCAAACGAACCGUUGCAGUUCGCUCUACACAAGAGAAACGGUACCAACUCUAGCCUGUAAUCAUCUAUGUUAAACAGUACUUAAUGUUUGUAAGACGUAGAAUUAACUGCCAAAGCUUUUUUACAAAGAUUAUUUUUAGUUAUUUCUUACAGUUUUAUAGUUUAUUAAAUUAGCUUU